UGCAAUCGUUUAUAUACCUAUGAUCACUUUAUUAUGUACAUUUUUAAAUAUCUUUCACGUAGCUUCUGAAACGACCAUUUGCGAACCGUGCGAAUUCGCAGAUGAAAAUACAAACUUCGCGACUACUUCUGUUAUUGAAUCGGGAGGUCCAAGUUGUUUACCGUGUAUGGAAGACGUGGACGGGACUGACGUUAUAGCCACGCUCACUAAAACCUUUUUAGAGCUAAUGAAGCACGCUCUCACGUUAAACAGCAAGAAAUGCAUAAAAAAUGCCGGAUGUACUAGCAAAGAAGAUGCAAUCGAUACAUUUAUCUUUCUGAAUAAAAUGAAAGAAUGUGCAGACAAAAUUUUAAAGAUACAUAUGCUCGCAAACUGCCUAAAGGAACAACCGUUGGACAAGCGUUGUCCCAGAUGGAAGGGUAAAUGUCCGCCAAUGUCCAAGAGGAACUUGGCUUCGAGUUCGAUCCAGAUUGGAAUCUCGGAGAACAGCACAGAACAAUUUACAGGCACCUAUGCAAACUCAGAGGACGUAGAAGUAUUGUACCCUCACAUCGGACCCUUCACGCUGGAGAUUGCAGAUUACAGUAGUUCGGAAAAUCAUCACGUUACACUCGUGGAAACGGCGGUGGAGGAGAGACCUUCUGUCAAGGACGAGGAAGUCGUCGCGCAUGUGGAAAAUCACGACGUUGGCUUGAACGCAUCGCGAGUGUUACAUCACGAUCUGGGAACUCAGUACAGCACAAAGCAGUUGCAAGAUACGGGCGUUGCAACCGAGCAGAUUUCCAAGGCGAAGAUAAGCGUGAGUACUCAAAAUCGCGAGCCCAUUUUGCUUCGCGUAAUCAAGUGCGAUAACAGUGGAGGAAUACGGAAAUUGGACAAGGAAACGUGCGUCCGUGACGGCCACGUUGCGUGGACCAGGCGUGCCGAGAAAUAUAUGGAGACGUAUCCUCUGCUACGCUCGCGUCUCUCAAGAAAUACAUAUCGGCGGUAUCUCGUUAGAGCAUCUUACAACGAAGAAUUACAUCCUGGCAUUUCUCACCUGCACGAGAAGGAAGUGAAUCGUAUAGAUUACCAUACGUCUUCGUUGUCCUCGAACAAAAAUUACAGGUGCGACAGGCAAUACAAAAGUUCGCUACCGCGUAAUCUGCCGCCUUUUGAACUGCCGGCAAACGAACGUAUUUCCAGAAUUCCAUUGUACGCGAGAUCGCGUAAGUACGUGCGAAGAAGAAGAGCUGAUCUGUACGGGCUCUCGCAAUCGUAUGCUUGAUCAGAACUGUUUUGUUUUGCACACAAAUAAAUCUUAAAGGCUUUCGUUGAUGCGAAGAAAGAGAAGGAAUAAAUUAUAAUUUCUGUUUCACAAAUCUCAUUUUAUUAUACGAAAGUAUUUUCACGAUCAGAACACAGGAUAUUCUCAAUUGCAAAGUACAUGUAUCUGUGUCGCUAAGAAUGAAAGCAAGCGUUUCUGGUAUACACGAUACGUCGGUAUAUGAAUUUAAUAAAAUAGUAUAAAAGACAUUUACAUAUUUUCCUGUAUUGUUCGUUUUUACAUGCUAGUUUCUGCACAGCGAUGCCUUAUAUAGUUCGCUUUAUAUGAUUUACAAAUUCGUGAUAAUAUCAUGGAAAUCUUAUUUAUCCUGAGUAGAGAGAUUUAUUUCCUUUCCGUAGAAAUAUUAUUACGAGCGAGUAAGACAAGUUUCAUCAGUGUAAGAUGCAUGUUUCAAAUUGCUAAAAUGUAUCCUAACAUGCAUUUAUACAGCGAUAAAAGUCACAUCACUGCACCACAAACUUGAUAACGGAUUAAAAGUUAGAUAAGAUGUACUAUCAAACUUGGCACAUGGAACACACUUCUGGUGCUUGCUGAUUGAAUCGUGUUUCUUAUCACACUCGAUAAUAAUUCAUACUAAAGAUAAGUAACCCGCACGUAAUAUUUACAGUUAUUAACAAAAGCAAAGUUCUACAUAAAAUACGUGCUUGUAAAAUCGCUUGAUUAAUUUACGAGUGCACAGAGAGAGAGAGAGAGAGAGAGAGAGAGAGAGAGAGAGAGA